GCUCCAUCCCCUUCCCUCCUAUCUCGCGCCGCCACAGACGACCAGAGGAAACCCCGUCUAUCCGCCGUCGGCCGUCCUUCCAACUCCAUUUCCCUCCCUCAUCCUUCUCUUCUAUCCCGUUCCCAAGUACGGCUCACGCCAACAGGCAAGUGCUCCAUCUGAUUCUUCUGCGUCCAAUCGAGAUGAAAGCAAGCAACUUCCAUUUUUCUUCUUUCCCCAAAGCAGCGCGGAGCACUAGCUUCUUCAAUUUAUGCUUCUCUUUCUCAAUCGGAGCAAACCAAACAGGCAAAGCAGCCACCGAUUCAUGGACUUCGGGCUCACCCAAAGCUCUACUGGGCCUUGUCAGGCCUGACUAAAUCCGUCAUGGGGCUCUGGUGUCGCCUAGCUCCCCCGGCCCAACGAACCACCUCAAGUUCAACAACCCCCAUAUCAGGUGGGCCCCGAGGCGGCUUCCUUUUUUCUCCUUAAAUGCUGACCAUUUUCUCUCUGCUUCAGACGACGAGCAGCAGCAGCAGCAGCCGCAGUCCAAGCAGCGGAAGGAGCGAGUCGUGGAGGGGGGUCGGUGAAGUGGGAACGCGCGCGGCGGGAGCGGAGGCGAGGAUGGCCGCGGCCGCGGGAAGGAAGGUGGCCGUCGCCGCCGUGCAGUUCGCCUGCACCGACGUCGAGGCCGAGAACGUCGCCACCGCCGAGAGGUUGAUUAGGGAAGCGCACAAGAAAGGUGCGAAGAUUGUACUCAUUCAGGAAUUGUUUGAGGGGCACUAUUUCUGUCAAGCUCAAAGGAUGGAUUUCUUUCGUCGCGCUAAGCCUUGUAAAGGCAACCCAACUAUCAUAAGGAUGCAACAGCUUGCAAAGGAAUUGGAAGUUGUGAUACCUGUCAGUUUUUUUGAAGAAGCAAACAAUGCCCACUACAAUUCAGUGGCCAUCAUUGAUGCUGAUGGCACUGAUCUUGGCCUCUAUCGUAAAUCACACAUUCCAGAUGGACCAGGCUAUCAAGAGAAAUUUUAUUUCAACCCGGGUGACACUGGCUUUAAGGCUUUCAAAACCAAGUAUGCGACGAUUGGUGUUGGAAUCUGCUGGGAUCAGUGGUUCCCGGAGUGUGCAAGAGCAAUGGCUCUUCAGGGGGCUGAAAUACUUUUCUAUCCCACUGCAAUUGGAUCUGAACCUCAGGAUGGUAACCUGGACUCUCGUGAACAUUGGAAGCGUGUCAUGCAAGGCCAUGCUGGUGCCAAUUUGGUUCCUCUUGUUGCUUCCAACCGGAUAGGCAGAGAAACUGUUGAGACUGAGCAUGGCAAGAGCGCUAUAACCUUCUACGGGAAUUCCUUCAUUGCAGGACCAACUGGAGAAAUCGUGAAGCUUGCUAACGACAAAGAAGAGGAAGUGCUGGUAGCGGAGUUUGACUUAGACGAGAUAAAGUCAACCAGGCAUGGUUGGGGGGUAUUCAGGGACCGCCGCCCUGAAUUAUAUAAAGUGCUAUUGACACUAGAUGGUGAGAAAUAAUAACAAGCUCAAACUUUAGCGUGUGUAUCUAUCCUUGAAUAGGACGUGAUGAGCUCCACAUUAUUGGGAAGGCACAGGCUCCUCGAGUGUUGCCACCACAUCGAUGGUAGAUUUUCCCUUUCCCUGUCCACAUAUGCUUUGCUUGCAUCCGUACAAGCCACCUGUGUGAUUCAUGAUAUUUUACCAUUUUCACAUUUCAUGAAUAAUAUUGUCAUGCAAUGCAACGUAAUGUUUUGACUGAGGACAAAAGCUAUCAGAGAUUCAACUAGUAUGUGAUCGCAUCAAUGCUUUCUUGUUA